AUGGUCUGCGUUUACAUAUCCAUUCCUUAUUCUGAAAAUAACAAACAUAAAAUCACGAUCCUAGCAUUCAUUUCUGUAACAGUUUUCUUUUUAUUAUGCUCUUUUGUAGUUUGUGUUCACAUGCAAAGCAUCGACGAUGUUGAUGAUUAUAAUAGUAGCAAGCAAAGAGAAGGGUGGGGAGAAAAAUAA